CACAUCAGGCGUGUGGAGAAAUUUCUCCUCGGAGCAAAGCAGAGAGGCGUGCGGUUUGAGGCACUCUGCGUAGCCGUAAUAAGCGUUUAUUUCUCUGAGGAUCGCUGCUAGAUGAGAACUCAUCAUCUCUCGUAACCAUCACGGGGAGGCUGCUCGAUAACGAGACCAAGCGACACAUCUGCCGGGACCGUCGCCUGCCAUUUAUUUCCCUCAGACGAGAUUAAUUCCGCGCGGCGACCUCCUUCCCCCACCCACCCCAGCCCCUCCAACACACGCUCCCCGGCUUCCAGCCCCUUCCACCGGGGCCAGGGGCCGCAGCCCGGCUCCCUUUCAGCCUGCUGGGCUCCGGCUGCCCGGCGGGGAGCCGUGCCGGGGGCCAUGCUGGUGCCGGCGCUGGGCGCCGAGGAGCCGGGGCUGGCGGAGGGCCGGGGCCCCAUGGCCGCCCUGCCCGCCCUGCUCUGGCCGCUGCUGGCCCUGGGGGCGGCGGCGGCGGCGCUGCUGCUCCGCAGGGGGCUGCGCCGAGGCCCAGCCACCGAGGAGAAGGAGGAGGAGGAGGAAGAGGAGGAGGAGGAGGAAGAGCCCAGACAGCAGCGGGAGGAUGCGAGGAGCUCGGCGCAGCUUGUUGCUUGCUCUCGUUUAUGUGGAGAAAAGAGCCAGGAACGUGAUCCUGCCCCAGCCGAGGCUACGCUGUCAGAGCAAGUAGAGGUUCCAGUGAAUGGGCAGCUUGUAACGUCAGCCAACAUCAGAGAGAAAAAGCUUCUUAAGCCUAAGAAGAAGAAGAAAGCCCAGUGCUCAGACAAGGAGGUGUUGAAAGAUCUGAUUCCUGUGGAAAAAUACAAGCUGCAAGAGGAGGAAGGUGACUGGCAGACCAAGAUCAGCAGCCGAGAAAAGAGACACUUAAGAAAGGAAAGGCUGAAACAAAAAGAAGACGCCAGCAGAGCAUCACAGGGCAGCUCGGUGGCUGAGCCGGCCUUUGACUGGGAUGAGAAGGGAACGGGGUGGCCACUCGCAGAGGACACUGGCCGUGGAAAAGGUGCUCUCAUCACCAGGGCAGAGCGUGGGACUGUGCUAAAGGCCUCAGAAGCUACCAGAGAGGAAUCUGUGCCCUCCCAGUCAGAAGAGGAUGUGUUUUCCAAUGUAGGAACGUGGGACAUUGCAGAAGUAAAAUCCUGUCCUUUGACCUCUGGGACAUUAAUAGAGCUGUCAAAGGAGUUAGAAAGCACGUUUUUCCUGCAUGCAGAUAAUAUAAAGAGUAAAUCUUCUGAGGACAGUCCUUCAAGAUGCUGCUGGAGCACCAGCUUGACUUUCCUCCCAGCAGACGAUGUAUGGCAGGAGCAGGAUGAUCCUUCAGUGAUUGACCUGGACUCUGACUGGAAGGCUCCCACAGAAGAGUGGGGAAACUGGACAGGAGAUGAGGAGCAUCAGACAGGAGAUGAGAGAGAAAAGGAUUUGCCAAAAGGCAAAGAAGGCAUUAAUUUCUGUCUUUCUGGACUCAAAAGCAAAAUGCAGCGGAAGAAGAAGAAAAAUGAAGUGAAGGAAGCAAGGGGUGCAGCUGGACUGAUGCAUCAAGGUUUGGAAACAAGAGAGGAAGAAGGCCCAAGGGACUUGAUAUCUACGAAACAUGGCAGUGAUGCAGUCUGUGCUUCCUCCAGAAAACCCUCAGACGUUCCCAAUAAUCCACACGCUAACAAUGUACCCGGAAAAAAGGAGAGGAGGAAGAGGAGGAAGAUGAAAGAGACUUGAGGGAGCUGUGUAGCUGCCGGAGUGACAACCAAAUGGGGGCAGGCAUGCUGAUGAGCUGCAAUUCUCCUUUCUGUGAUGCCGUGCUGAGCCCAAAGUAAAGAGAGGAUCUAGAAGACUUCCCAGCAAGGGGAAGAGGAGAAGAGGAACAGUGAGCAACGGAGUGUGAGUGUGUGAGAGAAAGGAGAGAAGGAGCAGACUGCUCCAGAGGUGGUGUUGAAACAGAAUGGGUGUUAAUAACAAAUUGCUGCCCUUGAUUAAAAACUGUUGAAUGGGUUUUGACCGGUGGCAUGAAGACCUUUCAGUUUUUCACUGUCGCAUUGUUUGUCAACUUGUAAUGUUUUAUGCCAUUGUAGGACUGGCUGGGACACGGCCAACCAUGAUUGCAACUUGAGUUCCAUGGAGGAUCCACCAGCUAGUCUGGUCUCCCCUGGUGUUUUCACAGAUGUGCUCAUCACCAGGCUAGUAAUGUACUGAAGAAAACAUUGUUCAGAGACAAAAGGAGAGUAAUACGGAUCAUUCUCAAACCUCCCAAAUCUUUUAAGUCCUUGUUGGCUGCUACAGUCAGACUUUUAUGCUUUUCACCCCACGUCAGGCUAGGUUGCUCCACAAGGGAAAAUUUCUCAAGGAGGUUUUAAACUUACUUAGAAAGACAUUAUAAACCCUUUUGUCUUCCCAGGUUUUGUGGUGGGCUAAAGUGUAAAGCCUAUAUGUCCAAAGCAUGUUGCAUUUGUGCUUAUAGUAGACUGAAUUGACUUUUUGAAAUAUUUUUUUCUAAUCUGAUGUCUGGAAGUUUUUAGCAUUUUGCUAUUUGAAUAUUCUGAUAUAAACUGAAUUUGUGAAUGAAACUUUUAGAAAUGUCAUUUAGUAUUUACCGAAGAACGUGCGCUUUUUAUUUUGAGAGGGUUUAUGGCAUGGUGGAGGGAAUGUGUUACAAGCAAGUUCUAUGGUGUGUGAGUAGCGCCCAGGUGAGGCCAGUGAGAGCUGAAGCCCUUUAUCUCUGCAGAGCUCUGGCAGGAGCUGUGGGGGUUCUUCAGGCUGUCCCAAGACCGUGCCUCACCCUGGGCCAUCUUAGAAGUGCUACCUCAGAGGAUGAGGUAAUGAUUGUCAAAUCUCCACCUGCACUGGACUUUGUGCCUUUGGAGGUUGUGUGAGAAGGCAACAAUUACUAUUGCAUGUUAAACUGCUUCGUCAUAGGCAUCGGGCUGAUGACACAUAUUUCACAUAGGACACUGAGUAACCGUGGAUGUUAUUGGUUUUAAACUGCUACAGCAGCACUCCUGUUUGCAUUACCCAGCCAGAGGAGAGCUCUGUGCUUCUGCCAUCCCAGCCAUCCAGCCCCUGCUGCCAGCUUGUCUGAGCUUUACCCACAGCUCAGACUUUUUACCCCAUAGUCUUCAUCCUUUGAGCAAAUAUCAGAGCAGCCGUUUCCUUCAGAAAAGCAAUUUAUCGCAGCAAUGUGUUUGUGUUUGGAAUUGGACAGUUCUUUUCUGCUGUGAUUUUUUUGGGGGGCUUCUAGCUGUACAGUGUGCCCUGAAGUUUAGCAAAAAAGGCUUGUUUCAGACAGGUGAGGGAUAAUCUUAACUGAUGCCACACAGCAGUUCACUGUCUAAAAUCUGCCCAUCUUGAUAUUUGUAUACCAGUGUAGGAGAAAUAUAGGCAAUUUAUGAAUGUGUGAAUGGACCAAAUAGCUUUUACGUGGAAAGUAACUGUUCUGGAGCAGAUGCAUAAGAAGAAAAAUGCACGGCCUCACCAGAGAAACGAGUAUAGCAAGUUCAAGGAUUUAGAAGAUGUGUUAAUGAGUAUGUAGGUAAUGAGUAAAGUUCUAACUCCAAGGCCAAUGGAAAACAUUCAUUGACCUACUUGGAGCCAGGAUGUUGCCCAAGGUCUUUGUUUAGCAUUGAAGGUAACCUCUGCCAUCAAAAAAAUCAAAAGAAGCUUAAUGAAGGAGAUAAAGAGAAACUUAGAGUAUUGGUAGACUCCCAUUUCUUCUGCUUUUUUUUCUCUGUAUCUGUUUGCAAGCUUUUUGAUGCCAGUGUAAUCAUGUUUUAUUUCAACAUGUUAUAGUAUUUCAAGUGUUCAUUGAUUUUGUAAUAAAGAAUUCAAAACUUUUGCCCAAA